GGAGUUAGAAACUGAAAGUAAAAUUAGCAGGAUAAUUAACAGUGACCUACAGUGGAAGAAUAGAAACUAAGCGUUAUUGAGGCAGGUAAGGAAAACGAAUGUUGGGUGAAGGUGACGUGUUGAGCAGCCGAGGCAGCCUGUAUAUAAACUGUGACACAACACAUCUUAGCAUCACCUGUUUCCUGCCGCCGGCUCAACACCUCAAGUCUUCGGUUUGUCUCACAACGUAGGAAAGUUCUCUGAUCAACGCUGUCACGAAACAAACUGUAAUCGUUCAUUGUUCUUACUUUUAAAUGCAAUAUGUUUCAGGCCAGCCAUGAAUAUAAUCAUCACUUUAAUGGAUGGGACGCCCCACACACAGAAGGUGAACCCACAGCUCUCAGUGGGCUCUUUGAAAAAACUCAUCCAGGAGAAACUAGGCGUUCCAUCUCAGCAGCAGAAGCUCAUCUUUGUCAACAAGCAGAAGACACUUCUCAGCGACGACUCAAAGCCUCUCGACUUCUACGGCUUACAGUCCGGCUCCCAGGUGUCCCUACUGGUGACCGAGCCGGAGGUCCCGCCGGUGGUUCGCAUCCAAGUGUUGCUCAAAAACGUUGACGGGGUCACGAAACCCUACGACGUCCACCCCGACGAGACCGUGAGAGACUUCAAGAGAAAAGUCCAGGGCCGAGAAGGCGUCGCCGAGAGUCAGCAGCGGCUCAUCCACAAAAACAAAGAGAUGAGCAUCGAUAGUCGACUGUCCGACUACAACGUCAGAGCGGGAAGCCUCAUCUUUCUGACUCUCCGUUUAAGUGGAGGGCAGGGCUAAAUUAGGCUUUCGCACAUUCUUUUAAAUACGAUCUUAUUUUUUUGUUGUGUUGUCAUGUUGAAAAAAAAAAUAUGCAUCUAUGUAACUAUUUUAUCUUAAAUAUCUGA